GAACAAAGUAAAGCAAGCACCCAAAAGCCCAUUUACUCCAUAUUUUCCACCCAUAAAUCACACCCUCUCACCACUUUCCCCCACGCUUGCUCCGCCGCCGGAUCUCCGCCGUGCCACCACCGUACCACCACCGUCACAUUUCGCACUCCCUCAACUCAAAUGUACCAAAUCUAACCAUUUCUUUCAAGUCACAAAAGAAGCUUUCCAUUUUCCAACAAUUUCAAAACAUUUUCAAAGUUGUACAUACUGCAUAACCACUUGUACGCUUGAUUUGCUCAAACCCUUUUAGGGUUUCUUCCAAAUUUCAACACCCAUAUGCAAGAUUCACUAAAUCACUCAUUUAGUGUGUCUUUUGCUUGUGAAUGCUGUUAAUCUAACUGGGUUUACAAAAAACGCUCAAAACUUCGUUGAGCUUUGGUGAAAAGAAUGAUGUUUAGGGUUUUGUUAGUGGUCGUUAUGUUCAUUGUUCCUGUUAUGGGUCAGCUUCCUUCACAGGAUAUUUUAGCUUUACUUGAGUUCAAGAAAGGCAUUAAACAUGACCCAACUGGGUUUGUCCUCAGUUCUUGGAAUGAGGAGUCUAUUGACUUCAAUGGGUGUCCAUCUUCUUGGAAUGGAAUCAUGUGUAAUGGCGGUAAUGUUGCAGGUGUUGUUCUUGACCAUCUGUCAUUGUCUGCAGAUGUUGAUUUGAAUGUGUUUGCUAAUUUAACAAAGCUUGUUAAGCUUUCGAUCUCGAACAAUUCGAUUUCCGGCAAGUUUCCUACAAAAUUAGGGGGAAUGCUUGAGUUUCUUGAUGUUUCAGAUAAUUUGUUUAAUUCGAGUUUGCCGGUUGACGUUGGUAAAGAUUUGAGCUUGAAGAAUAUGUCUUUAGCUGGGAAUAACUUCUCUGGACCGAUCCCGGAUUGGGUUUCCGGGCUUGGAUCGAUACAGUCAUUGGAUUUGAGCCGAAACUCGUUUUCUGGAGCGAUUCCGGCUUCGUUUACGCAGUUAAACAAUCUGGUUUAUCUGAAUUUGUCUGUUAACGGGUUCACGAAGAGCAUUCCGGAAGGUUUUGAGGAUAUGGCAGUUCUUGAGGUUCUUGAUUUGCACGGGAAUAUGCUAGUUGGUGAUUUCGAUCCUAAAUUCUUGUUGUUAACAACUGCUGUUCAUGUUGAUUUUAGUGGGAAUUCGCUUACGACUUCUUCGAGUCAAAGUGGGAAGUUUUUACCCGGGAUUUCGGAGACUGUUAAGUACUUGAAUCUUAGCCGUAACCGGUUAACCGGUUCUUUGGUUGGUGGUGGUGUGGCUGAGAUGUUCGGGAGCUUGGUCGUGUUGGAUUUGAGCUACAAUGAGUUAUCCGGUGAACUCCCGAGUUUCAAUUACGCUUAUGACCUUCAAGUCCUUAAGCUCUCGAACAACCGGUUCUCGGGGUUCUUUCCAAAUGAUCUGUUAAAAGGCGAUUCGUUGGUUUUAACCGAGUUAGACUUGAGUGGCAAUAACCUAACAGGGUCAAUCAGUAUGAUAAUGUCAACAUCCCUUCAAGUUCUGAAUUUAUCGGGUAACGGGCUCACGGGUGAGCUUCCAUUGGUGACUGGUGGAUGUCUUGUUCUUGAUCUUUCAAAGAACAACUUUCAAGGAAAUUUGACCAAAUUGGUGAAAUGGGGAAACCUAGAGUUUCUUGAUCUUAGUCAAAAUCGUUUAACAGGUUCAUUCCCGGAGGUUACAGCUCAGUUCUUGAGGCUUAACCACUUGAACCUUUCUCAUAAUUCACUCGAUUCCUCCAUUCCUAAAGUAAUCACUCAGUUUCCAAAAUUGACGGUUCUUGAUUUAGGGUUUAAUCGGUUUGAUGGACCGUUCCCGAAUGGUUUAAUCUCUAUGCCUACAUUACAACAACUUCAUCUUCAAAGUAAUAAACUUUCCGGGCGUAUCGAGUUGUUUCCGUCUUCUUUUGUAUCCAAUGUCUCCAACAUUCGAGUUCUUGAUGUUUCCGACAAUCAGCUCGAUGGCGAUUUCCCUGACGGGUUCAAUUCGUUGACCGGACUUCAGUUUCUUGAUAUCUCCGGAAACAAUUUCUCGGGUUCCUUACCAUCGUCUUUGACUGGACUUACCGAUCUUGUUUCUUUGGAUAUUUCCCAGAACCAUUUCACGGGUCCAUUGUUAAAGAAUCUGACGGACGGUUUAACGAGUUUUAAUGCAUCGUAUAACGAUCUCUCUGGUGUCGUUCCCGAGAAUUUGAGAAAGUUCCCGGAAUCGUCUUUCUUUCCCGGGAAUUCCGACUUGCAGUUUCCUAACCCUCCCGCGGGACCAAACGCACCUGGCUCAUUGAGCAAAAAGAAGCCCAUUAAAACCGUGUUUAAAGUGCUGGUGAUCGUCGCUUGUGUUAUCGCUGUAGUGAUAUUGAUUCUUCUAGCGGUCUUCAUUCAUUACAUGAGGAUUUCACGGCGACCACUUUCGCAACCGGUCGGAACAAAAGACGUCCACCGCCAGCCUGCCACCGGAAUUGGCGGUGCUGCAGUUGUUUCCGCCGGAGAUAUAGCAGCUUCACGUAAAGGGUCAUCAUCAGAUACCAUUACUGCUGAAAAAUUAGGUGCAGGGGCAGUGCCGAGUUUCUCACCAUCUAAAACCAGCGGGUUUUCUUACUCGCCGGAUUCCGGUGACUCAUAUACCGUUGAAAACCUCUCAAGACUUGAUGUGAGGUCUCCUGAUCGGUUAGCUGGUGAACUUUACUUUCUUGAUGAUACGGUGUCGUUUACACCUGAGGAGUUAUCUCGGGCCCCGGCUGAGGUUUUGGGUAGGAGUAGCCAUGGGACUUCAUAUAGAACCACGCUUGAUAACGGGCUGUCGUUGACUGUCAAAUGGUUAAGAGAAGGGGUGGCAAAACAGCGAAAGGAUUUUGCUAAAGAGGCGAAAAAGUUUGCUAAUAUUAGACACCCGAAUGUUGUUGGCUUACGGGGAUACUACUGGGGACCCACACAAUAUGAAAAGUUGAUUCUUUCGGAUUUCAUAUCUCCUGGAAGUCUUGCAAGUUUCCUCUACGAUCGGCCGGGAAGAAAAGGACCGCCAUUGACAUGGGCACAAAGGCUGAAAAUAGCCGUUGACAUUGCACGAGGUCUAAACUACCUCCAUUUUGACCGCGCAAUCCCACACGGGAACCUAAAGGCAACCAACAUCUUACUAGACGGUGCAGAUUUAAAUGCACGUGUAGCUGAUUACUGUCUCCAUCGUCUAAUGACCCAAGCAGGAACCGUAGAACAAAUUCUUGAUGCUGGUGUGUUAGGCUAUCGUGCACCCGAGUUAGCUGCUUCCAAGCGCCCGGUCCCCUCUUUCAAAUCAGACAUUUAUGCAUUUGGAGUGAUUUUGUUGGAGCUUUUGACCGGGAAGUGUGCAGGUGAUGUGGUGUCAAGUGAAGACGGUGGUGGGGUUGAUUUGAACGAUUGGGUUCGGUUGAAGGUGGCAGAAGGGCGAGGGCCCGAUUGUUUUGAUGCGGUUUUAAUAACGGAAAUGGGAACACCAGCUGCAGAUAAGGGGAUGAAGGAGGUUCUUGGGAUCGCGUUACGGUGUAUUAGGCCGCUUAAUGAGCGGCCGGGGAUCAAGACGGUUUAUGAGGAUCUUUCGUCUAUAUAGGUGGUUAGAUUUUGGUUUUUGUUUGACUUAGAUUAGGGAUUGAACCGGAGAGAUCAAUGGUUUAUUGGUCCCUGUUUUUAUGUUUUUUUGGUAAUUUCUGAGUGUAUGCUCUUGGUUUUUUUCUGGAAAGAAAAGGUUUGAAGAAUUUAGUUUGAAUUUUAUGGCAUGUUUGGAGGGAAUUUGAAAUUGUGGA